CAGAAAAAAAAAUACUAAAAGAAAACACAAUUAAAUUCUAGUAUGUAGCUAAUAUUAUAAUCUGGGGUGUCCAGCUGCAUGUUUCAGUACAUGAUCUCAAUCUGAUCUGGCUGGGGCUGUGUAUUCAAAUUUCAUUUACUAGUAUUAUACUAUUGUAAUUAAUGGUCGUUGUUGCAAGAAAGAAAGUCACAUUUUUUAAGCUCAAAUUUCAUUUUCAAUUUUAGUUAGUUAUUCUAUAGUACUAGUACCUUCUUUCCUUUUUCUUUAUCCCUACUCUAUAGUGUCAUGUCGGUACUAAUUCUUGAAAACUAAGUUCUAAAGUUCCCUUCAACACCAUUUUUCUUUGUUGUUUUUUGGUGAAAGUAGAGAGAGAGAAUUAUGGGGGAGACUCACAAUCAUGACCACCAGCACCAAAACCAUAACCAUAACCCCAACCCCAACCACAACCACCAGCCACCACAGGCGGCUGGGCCACCAGUAAUGCCUCUUGGUUCAGCCAAAGGACCACUUUUUCCACCUGCAGAGCAACUACUUCAGCUUCACUACUGCAUACACUCUAAUCCUUCUUGGCCUCAAACUGUUUUGCUGGCUUUCCAACACUACAUAGUUAUGCUUGGAACUACAGUAAUGAUAGCCACGAUUCUGGUACCUCAGAUGGGUGGGGGUCCGGGUGACAAAGCUCGAGUUAUCCAGUCUUUGCUUUUCACAUCAGGAGUGAAUACUCUUCUGCAAACCCUUUUUGGCACAAGACUUCCCACUGUGAUGGGUCCGUCAUUUGCUUACAUCAUAUCAGCCCUGUCGGUAAUUAACGAUCUCUCUGACGAUAAUUUCAGGAGUGAGCAUCAGAGAUUCGAGCACACUAUGAGAGCUAUUCAAGGGUCGUUGAUAGUGUCUUCCUUUAUCAACAUAAUACUUGGAUAUGGGCAAGCCUGGGGAAAUCUUACUAGGUUUUUUAGUCCUGUUGUCAUUACGCCGCUCGUUUGUGUUUUAGGUCUUGGUUUGUUUGGUAGAGGCUUUCCUCAGGUGGGUGAUUGUAUUGAGAUUGGCCUACCCAUGUUAAUUCUACUUAUCAUUUCCCAGCAGUAUAUGCAACGUGUUCAUCCAGCUGCCCAAUCCAUACUUGAAAGGUUUGCUUUGCUCCUCUGCGUUGGGCUUAUCUGGGCUUUUGCUGCUAUUCUUACUGUUGCUGGUGCUUACAACCAUGUGAAGGAGCGAACUGAGCUGAGCUGCCGAAUUGACCGUUCGUUCCUUUUGUCAUCUGCUCCAUGGAUCAGAGUCCCUUACCCUUUCCAGUGGGGAACUCCCAUAUUCAGAGCUGGCAGUGUCUUUGGAAUGAUGGGUGCUGCACUUGUCUCAUCAGCAGAGUCAACAGCAACUUUUUAUGCUGCAUCAAGGCUUGCAGGUGCGACACCCCCUCCAGCGCAUGUUGUUAGUAGAAGCAUUGGCCUACAGGGUCUAGGACAACUCUUUGAUGGGUUCUUUGGUGCUGUUGUUGGCCAUACUGCAUCUGUCGAAAAUGUCGGCCUUCUGGGACUAACUCGUGUUGGAAGUAGAAGAGUUGUUCAGAUUUCUACUGCUUUCAUGAUCUUCUUCUCUAUAUUUGGAAAAUUUGGAGCAUUCUUUGCUCAAAUUCCGUUGCCCAUAUUUGCAGCUAUCUACUGCAUCUUAUACGGUAUAGUUGCUGCUAUUGGUAUUUCCUUCAUCCAAUUCGCCAACAAAAACUCGAUGCGGAAUAUAUAUGUGCUCGGAAUCUCUCUAUUCCUCGGUAUAUCAAUACCCCAAUACUUUGUAAUGAACACAGAUGUUUCUGGUCAUGGACCUGUUAGAACUACAGCUGGAUGGUUCAACGACAUAUUGAACACGAUCUUCUCUUCACCUCCUACUGUGACAACGAUUGUCGGGACAUUCGUAGACAACACACUCGAAGCGAGACACUCGAUUGAUGAUAGAGGCGUCCCAUGGUUGGUUCCCUUCCAGAGGAGGAAAGGAGAUAGUAGAAAUGAUGAGUUUUAUAGUUACCCUCUUAGAAUUAAUGAGUAUAUCCCUAGUAGAUUUCUGUGAUAACUUAUACAUCCAUGUAUAUGACUGUAACAAGGUGUAUGACAAAUUUUCUUUUUAGCUCACAACUUAGCCUUUUUAUCCUUUCAUUUCAAUUCUGUCGCAUGAAAUUUGUGAACAUCAGACAUCUGAGGCCUGCAAGUUUUGAUGAUGCAUAGCCAGUAGGAAGGUAUGGCAAUUUCAUUUCAGUUUA